AUGUAAACAUCUAAUUCUAUUUAAAAUAAUUACUAUCCAUAAAUAAGAAAUUUAAGUCUAAGAUAAUUAAAAGAAAUAAUCGAAGAAAUAUAUAGAUCAAAAUCUAUAUAUGAUAAAAAAUAUAUUGAUUAGUAAUUACCUUUAGAGACAAUGGAAUAACAUAUGUAUACUUAUUUAAAUUAAAAAUAUGGCUUGAAAAAUCUUAUUGUCGAAUGGGCAGGUGCUAUAAUAAAUGGUAUAAAAAAUUAUGGAAAUGAAGACAAUGAUAUUUCUGUAUUUGGUAAAAUUCUAAGAAACGAAUGCGAUGAAGAAUUUAGAUUUGUUCAAAUUUAAAUAAAAAAUACUAUAACGGAAUUAUUAAAAGUAAUAUAAAUAUAUAUAUAUAUAUAUAUAUAUAAAUAUAUAUAUAUAUAUAUUUAUUUAUAUUUAUAUUUAUAUUUAUAUAUUUAAUAAAAUUUAGAUGUAUGUAAGAAACAAAUAUCCAUUAAAAAAAUCUAUAGAAAUUACUUAAAUAGUCUAACAAAAUAAAAUAGUUUUAUUUCUAAAAAAGAAGCUGUAGAAAUUAUUUAAUAUAUGUAUAAUAUAUAAGAAUCUGAAAAAUUAAUUUUUAAAAUUUACACCCUAUUAUUAAAUAAUAAAAGAAAAUGA